AUGUACGGGAUGCUGCUGGAAAGUGUGCAAUAUUUCAUACAGUUAGAAUUUGGCGAAGAAGUAUGGCUUCGAAUUUUAGAGAAAGCUGAUUGCAAACAUAUAGUUUUUAAUACAAGACAAAUAUAUCCAGAUGUGCUAAUGACUAAUUUGGCAAUGGCUCUUGCCGCAUAUACUGGUGAUUCUAUGAAUAACAUUAUGCAAUUUUUUGGAAAGUGUUUUGUUAGAUUUUUUAGUAAUUUAGGAUAUGAUUGUACUGUAAAAGCAACUGGUCGUUAUUUUUGUGAUUUUUUACAAAGUGUAGACAAUAUUCACAUGCAAAUGAGAUUCACGUAUCCAAAAAUGAAGAGUCCAUCUAUGUAUACAACGCAUGUCGAUCCACAGGGUGUUGUUUUGGUUUACAGAAGUACUCGGCAAGGUUUUACGCAUUACCUUAUGGGACAAUUAUUUCAAAUAGCGAAAGAUUUAUAUAAUACAGAACUGGAUAUUAAAGUAUUAGAAAGUUCAAAUAAUAUUCCAGGAUCUCGAAGCGUAAUGGUUAAAUUUCGUAUUAAUUUCGACAACCAGCAAUAUAUUGCGAAGAACAAUAGAAUGAAUACUCCAUUAGGCCGUGAAUUACCACCGAUAAGUUGCACAUUUUUCUUACGCCUUUUUCCGUUUGGUGUCAUCAUGAACAAGGACAUGAGAAUAUUAGGGGUUGGUGAUAAAUUGCUUCAAGCAUGGGGUGGUACCACGUCCAUUUUAAACAGGCAUGUUUCAGAAAUAUUUAAAUUAAGAAGACCGAAGGGAAUUCCAUUUACAUGGGGGAACGUAAUGUACUUGCAUUCAGUGAUAUUCGAAUUGGAACUAAUUAGAGCAAAUGAUUAUUUUAUGAUAGAUUCAGAUAAUGUGCCAAGCACAAGCAGUAGUUUAGAUAGGCGUGGGAGUCAAGGUGCAAGAAGUAUCUUAUUGAAGGGUCAAAUGAGAUAUAUCGAGGACGUUAAAGCUAUUAUAUUUCUCUGUAGUCCUUUGAUUAACAGUUUAGAUGAACUUCUUAAUAUGGGUCUGUAUUUGAAUGACCUAAAUCCUCAUGGUAUGAGCAAAGAAUUGGUGUUGGCAGGAUGGCAGCAUUGCGGAAGGUUGGAAAUGAUGUUUGAGAGGGCAGAGCAAAGAUCGACGGAACUAGAAAACAGCUAUGUAUUACUGGAUCGAUGGAAAAACAAGAGCGAUGAGCUUCUAUAUUCUAUGAUUCCACAAACAGUAGCAGAUCGAUUACGAGCCGGAGCCAGUUCAUUGAGCACUUGCGAGUCAUUUGAAUCAAUAACAGUUCUUUUCUGCGAAUUAUGCGACUUUGAUUAUUCAACCAUCGAAGGAGCGAUGGACAUUGUUUUAUCAAUGAAUGCCGUUUUCUCCUGUUUCGAUACAUUGAUGGAUCAGUUUAAUGUGUACAAAGUGGAGACUGUUGGUAGCGUGUAUAUGGCAGCUAGCGGUGCACCGGACAGAAAUGAAAACCACGCACAAAACGUCGCCGACGUUUCUCUGCAACUUAUCGAGCAUGUUCGAUCCCUCAAAUUACCCUCCGGAUUGGAUAUACGAAUCCGCAUAGGCAUUCAUUCUGGACCGGCGGUCGCCGGAGUGGUCGGCAUCAAAGUACCGAGAUAUUGUUUCUUUGGAGAUACUGUUAAUACGGCCUCCAGAAUGCAAACUUCUAGUCUGCCGGGAAAGGUGCAUAUUUCUUCUAGCACCAAAGCUUUAUUACCAAAAGGACGUUAUCAUACCGAAUCACGUGGAGUUGUUAAGAUAAAGGGAAAAGGAAAUAUGGAGACGUAUUGGCUGGAAUCAACGGCAAAUAAUGAAAUGAAGGAAGAAAUAUCAAAUGAUAAAACCGUCGAAAUUAAAGGUCUUUUAGUUACUAGUAUCUAGAGUACU